AUGAGGCUCUCUCAUAUCGAACGUCGCUUAGAAUAUCAGGUUGAGUUGACAAAGUUUAUAUUCAAUGCUUAUGAUGAAUUGAUUGAACAUGGUUUAACACAUAUUUCCUAUCACGAAAUACAAUUGAGACUUAAUGUACUCGAUAAGGACUGGCAUAGGUUUACGGUCACACAUGAUGCUAUCAAUAUAGCAAUAGCGCAAUUGGAUAAAGAGGAAAGAGGUCAGAUUAAGGAACAUAUUUACUUCACUGAAGAUCUCUUCGCUACUACACUUAAAAAUUAUACAGUCAACAGUGGAAGAAUACAAUCCUUAUUGGAUUCUGAACAAGGAAUUGGGAACGGAAGUACAUCUACUCAAUCGUCAAACCCGACGUCAUCAAGCAUUCCGACCUUUUCAUAUCCAGCAAGGUUACCUCGGAUAGAUCUUCCGAAGUUUAAUGGUACGCCUUCUGACUGGCUAUCAUUUAAGGACUUGUUUAAAUCCUUGGUCCUGAAUCAAUCAACGCUGACGGCUGUUGAAAAACUACAGUAUCUAAAAACAAGCUUAGUUGGUUCUGCUGCUCAUCACCUCAAAAACACAACGCUCAGUGGUGACAAUUUUGAAGGAGCUUGGACAACUCUGAGUUCAUUCUAUGAGAACAAACGCUUGCUAGUGAAUGCAGCGCUACAUUCGCUCCUGAACCUGAAACGAAUAUCUAAGGAAUCGGCACGCGAGUUGGAGCAAUUAUAUACAAACUUACUACAAAUAUAUCGUUCCUUGGAAGCCUUAGACCGACCGGUUUCACAGUGGGAUGAUUUCUUGGUAUUUGUGGCAACACAACGACUUCAUUCUGAAUCAGUCAAAGCAUGGGAGCUCUUUCUGGGAAGCUCGACGGAUCCACCUACAUGGACUCAAUUCAUUGGGUUCCUUAUAACUCGAUUGCGGACACUUCAAGCUUAUGAAAGAUCAAGGAUUGGAAAAUCGGAUCCUCAUUUCAACGCUGUCAAGGCUCACUUUCAGGGAAAGUCUAAAGAGGAUAAGAUCCAUAGUGAUAACAAUUGUGCCAUUUGCAAUGGUAAUCACUACACCGCUUUGUGCAAGCAAUACUCUACUAAGACACGUACACAAAAGCUCUCGAUAAUUGCCAAACACAAACUGUGUUACAACUGUUUAGGAUCUCAUCGGGUUUUAAAUUGUCCUACUACAAGAAGGUGUAAGAAGUGUGGGAAAAGGCAUCACACUUCAAUACACACGGAUAUAGCUCAAGUUGCCACAAGCAAGGUAGACGGAGAAAAGGCUACCAAGUCCUUAGACAACUCUAUGGCUAAACCAACUGAGGCUCAAGUGCUAUAUUCAAAUGCCCAUCAUAGCACAUUCCAAGUUCAAACGCUUUUAGCAACGGCUCAAGUUCAAGUUAGUAGCCUUGAAGGAAAUACUACAAAGGCAAGACUGCUCCUAGACCAAGGCUCUGAAAUCUCAUUAAUAACAGAAAGACUGGCUCAACGACUCAGACUGUCACGUCAACGUUCUUCAGUACCUUUGGUUGGAAUUGGUGCUCAACCCUCUAACACAACUAAAGGAAUUGUUCGUUUCAAAAUAAAGCCACAUUUUGAUUCAAGAUUUGAGGCGGUUAUCUCAGCACACGUUCUGCCUAGUCUUACUACAACAAUACCUGCAAGGGAAAUUUGUCAAAAUUCAUGGCUUCAUCUGAAAGGGCUACAGCUAGCAGACCCUCUGUUCUCAACGCCAGGUCCAAUAGAUCUCCUGUUGGGGGCUGAUGUAUACGGACAGAUUUUAAAUGAGGGAGUCGUCAAAGGUCAAGUGAACUCACCUAUUGCUCAAUCCACAACGUUAGGCUGGAUUAUCUCAGGUCCAACAGGCAAAGAGGUUUCUCAUCGACGAUUGCAGAGUUAUCAUAUCUCAUGUGAUAAGGAACUCUGUCUUCUUAUGCAAAGAUUUUGGGAACUAGAAUCGGUUCCAACAGCACAUCGCUCGUCCUUGACACCAGAGGAACAGGAGUGUGAAAAACACUUCCAAGACACACAUUCAAGGGACUCACGAGGGAGAUAUGUUGUUAAACUGCCCUUCAAGAAAUCAGUUGAGAGAUUAGGCGACUCAAGACACAAGGCAGCCCUUCUCCACAACAAAUUGAUACGACGUUGUGCAAAAGAUCAAAAGUAUGCACAGACUUAUACGGAGUUCAUGUCUGAGUAUCAAAGAUUGGGACAUAUGAGACAGGUGCCUGAUUCAUUAGCAGAACCUUCAUAUGCCUAUUACCUUCCUCAUCACGGUAUCUGGAAAGAGAAUAGUCUUACAACUAAGUUGAGAGUUGUCUUUAAUGGAUCGAGUCCAACCACCUCAGGUUAUUCUUUGAAUGAUCUUCUCCAUUUAGGAGCCAAGUUACAAGUGGAUUUAUUCAAUGUACUGCUUUGGUUUAGACAGUUUCGUUACGUCUUUUCUGCUGACAUCGAAAAGAUGUUCAGACAAAUAAAGGUGCAUCCUAAUCACUGGAGGCAUCAACGCAUCUUCUGGAAUAAUCAGAAUCAAGAAAUUGUUCCUUAUGAACUUACAACGGUUACAUACGGUCUGGUGUGUGCGCCUUUUCAGGCCCUACGAGUCAUUCAACAACUCACUGAAGAUGAAGGACAUAGAUUUCCUCAAGCUGUCUCUACAAUGACACAAGGUCGUUAUGUAGACGACAUUUUCGGAGGUGCUGAUACAAUAACAGAAGCUCAAGAACGUGUUAUUCAGGUAAACCGUCUCUGCAUGGCGGGCGGUUUUCCGCUGCAAAAGUGGGUUAGUAAUGACGCUAACAUUUUGAGCUUUAUUCCACCGGAGAAUUGUCUUAGUUCACGCAAUGUUAAGAUCAGCGACGAUCUUGUGAUACACUCCCUCGGUUUACUGUGGAAUCCAAAUAAGGAUGUCUUUGAUUUCCAACUGGGUCCAGUUGCAACGGAAAUCAUCACUAAAAGGAUUAUGCUUUCUACUAUAGCAAAGAUAUUCGAUCCACUCGGCUUUCUGUCACCUGUUACAGUAGCAGCAAAAAUAUUAAUCCAAGAACUAUGGACGAUGAAGAUCGAGUGGGAUCAACCAUUACCUCCCCGAGUAGGCAAUAAAUGGACCAAGUUCGUCAAUAGCUGUCAAGAUAUGAAUAAACUCAAGUUUCCAAGAUGGAUUGGUACUACCUCUGCAUUCUCUCUGGAAAUUCACGGAUUUUGCGACGCGUCCUCCGACGCCAUAGCUGCAGUUGUCUAUAGCCGAAGUAUUUCUACUGAAGGACAAGUUGUCAUUCAGUUUGUAUGUUCAAAAACGAAGGUUGCUCCUCUGAAAAGACAAACUAUACCUCGUUUAGAACUUUCAGGAGCGGUUCUCCUAGUGAAAUUGAUGUGUCAAGUAUUACGUAUCCUUGGUAGGAUAGACACAAAGGUUUAUUUAUGGACAGACUCCGCUAUUACUCUCACUUGGGUCACAAGUCAUCCAUCAAGAUGGAAGGAAUUCGUACAAAAUAGGGUGUACUUCAUUCAAGAUACACUACCUUCUGCCAAGUGGAACCUUGUUCCUGGUACAGAAAAUCCUGCUGACCUCGCCACACGUGGGAUUACUCCCAUUCAACUCGCCGAAAUGAGAACUUGGUGGCAUGGCCCGACAUGGCUUUUGCAAUCACCACAUCAUUGGCCUUCUGCUUCACAACAAGAGCUCACAGGAGAUCAACUAGAAGAGCGACCUCUCAAGGUCCAUAGUACCCAGGCAAAUUCAUCACAACCUUGGGAGCUACUUGAUCGAUAUUCAAGCCUCAACAGAUUGUUACGUAUUACUGUCACGUGUCAAAGAGCGUUAUCGAAGUUUAAACGAAUUCCCGACCCGAUCGGUUCAAUUUCUAUUACUCCAACAGAGUUAAAUCUGGCGAAACAAUUCUGGAUCAAAGAAGUUCAACGCUCUGCAUUUCAACGUGAAUUGUAUCUUUUAUCAGAAAACCAAGUAUUGCCUAAAUCCAACUCACUUAUACGGCUUACACCAUUCAUAGAUGCAAUGGGCAUCCUACGAGUGGGCGGACGCCUUCGAUCAUCGAGGUUAUCCUACGCUACUAAGCAUCCUGCAAUAUUGCCGAAGGAUUCAAGCUUCUCUUCACUGGUAGUAAAUGAAGCUCAUCUUAGAUCGCUUCAUGGAGGAACUCAAAUUACAACCUCCUUCAUUAGAGAAGAAUUCUGGAUCAUUGGUGGUCGAGCUUCGGUGCGACGUCACAUUAUCAAGUGCGUCAAGUGUGCUAGGUUCAGACAACAAAGAGCACAACAACUGAUGGGACAAUUGCCUCCUGAAAGAGUCACGCCUUCACGGCCGUUCUUGCAUUCUGGGGUAGACUAUGCAGGUCCCCUUAUUAUCAAGACUUGGAAAGGAAAGAAUGCACGCACUUACAAAGCGUAUGUUGCUCUUUUUGUAUGCUUUGCUACCUCUGCGGUACAUCUAGAAUUGGUCACCGAUUACUCUACCGAUGGUUUCAUAGCAGCAUACAAAAGGUUUACAGGUAGAAGAGGAGUCUGCGCUACCCUUACUAGUGAUUGCGGUACAAACCUCAAGGGAGCAGACGCAGAGCUUCAACGGCUCUUUAACGCCGCAACCAAGGAGGCUCAACAUUUGGCAACCUUACUGGCGAAAGACGGUACUCAUUGGAAGUUUAAUCCUCCAUCCGCUCCUCACUUUGGAGGUAAAUGGGAGGCGGGAGUCAAAUCCAUGAAAUUUCAUUUUAAAAGGAUCAUUGGAGACACGUUGCUCACAUACGAAGAACUGAACACGCUUCUAAUACAGAUCGAAGCAGUUCUUAAUUCAAGGCCGUUAUGUCCUCUAACGGACGAUCCUGACGAUCUCACAGUUUUGACACCUGGUCAUUUUCUGUUGGGCUGCACUCCAACCGUUCUACCUGAACCUUCUCUAAAUAAUGAAAACACAUCACGCCUAUCUCGAUGGCAACUGUUAAGAAAGAUGCUGGACUCCUUUUGGACACGAUGGUCAUCAGAGUAUCUUCAGCGUUAUCAAUCUAUCUAUAAGUGGAAUCAGUCAAGCCCAUCGAUAGCUGAAGGCAACAUGGUGCUGGUGAUAGAUGAGCGUUUUCCACCAGCGAAGUGGCCAUUGGGACGAGUUAUACAAGUUCAUCCUGGUGCGGACGGUCUCGUACGAGUUGUCACGGUCAAAACUCAAACAUCUGAGUUAAAAAGACCAAUUGCAAAACUUUGUAUUCUUUCAAUCGACUCUCAUAACACUCAUUAG